AUGGCACCGCCCCAUCCCCGCAGACCGAAGCACGGUGGCUUGCGUGACGACUACCGUCACCAUCCUUACCAAGUACGACGGCGUCCAGGACACGAAACCAAGGAGGACCGCCACAAACACGAAAUCACGAAUUUGAACAACCUCCAGAGGCGCAACAAGGACGAGCUUCAAAAAGCCGCGGACAAAUCGAAGGCCGACGAGCGGGAAAUCGAAAAGCUGCGUAAGCGUGCUGAUGAGGAUGACAAGGAGAUACGUAAGUUGCGCCAGCAGCUUGGUAACCGGACGUCUAUCCCACCAGCGGAACGCAAAACAGAGAUCGAGGUGACGACAAGAGAGGAAGCCGCCACAGAGGAGUAUGCCAAGUUCCAGGAGGCUCUGAUCAAUUUCGGCACCAAGGCCGUCCAGGAGCAGCGUCUGCGUGCCGAAGCUGCAGAGCAAGAGGUUUCGCGGCUGAAGGCAUUAGGUGAGGAACUCGAGACCUCAAGAGCCAUCCUUCAGGACCAAGUCGCGCAUUUCGAGCUCGCCAUGGUCGCGUCCGCCGACGAUUACACUAGAAGUGCGCUGGAAGCUCAAGCGCAGCGGUCUAUCUACAUGGUGCAAGGUUAUCAGAACGAUAUCGCAAAAGAGAAGAACACGGUGGAGAAGCUGAGAAUGACGGUCGCCGAGCGCGACAAAACCUUGCGGGAGUCCGAGAAGAAGGCGAAGGAUCAGGCUAUCGAGCUCCAAUAUGCCCAGACACAGCUCGCUGCUUACAAGCGGCGUACGGAGGACGGGUGGAAGGUAGUCGACGAGCAAGCAAGCUUGAUCAAACGCCUCAACGAGGAGAACGCGAGGCUGGCCAGAAUGUCCUAGAAUGACUACCAGUAGUCAAACUAUGCUCUGGCGAGACGGAGGCUCCCCAGCUCAUGAGGCUGAAUGCGGCCAAAGAUGUGCCUCGGGGCUCACUAUCGAGAGACAUGGCUGCAAAUACGACUCUUCUUGGAUAGAGUGGGAGGUAUCUGUUUAUCACUCAAGCCCUAGUACGAAUUCAUACCGUCGUGCAUGAAGGGAGCGGGUAUUGACUUGAGCGGAGACGAUGAACGACAUGCACCUUCUCGUCCUCUUUGUCGACUCAUGUCAAACUCCGUAUUCGGGAGGCAGGUCAUGGCGCGACAUUUCCCCAUACCAACUACGAGCAUGGAGUGGUCGUUGGGUAAGGCACUGACCCGCGCA